AACGAACACGUAAUCAGGCACAAGAUGUAAAUGAAACAUCACCAGGCAAGUGUUACAAAAAUGCUUAAGCAAGAAGCAUAUGAUUUUCCAUGGAUGUUUUACAGGUGCGAGCGGCGCGGGCGCCCGCUGCGAGAAGGCCUGCAACCCGCGGCUGGGCAACCUGGCGCACGGGCGGGCGCUGCGCACGGACACGGCCUGCGGCACCGGCGCCCCCGAGCCCUUCUGCGCCUAUGCCGAGGCGCUGAUCGUGGUGUUCAAGUCGCCGCGGCCGGCCGCCAUGGUGCUGGAGCGCUCGCAGGACUUCGGCAGGACCUGGCGGCCCUACAAGUACUUCGCCGCUAACUGCUCGGCCACCUUCGGGCUGGAGGACGACGUGGCGCGCCGGGGGGCCGCCUGCACCUCCAGAUACUCCAGCCCCUUCCCCUGCACGGGAGGAGAGGUGAUAUACCGAGCCCUGUCGCCGCCCUUCGCGGCCGAGGACCCGUACAGCGCGGCGGCGCAGGAGCAGCUGAAGAUCACCAACCUGCGCGUGCGGCUGCUGAAGCGGCAGGCCUGCCCCUGCCGCGCCGAGGGCCGCCCGCCGCCGCCCCCGCAGCUGCUGCACUUCGCCAUCUACGACUUCAUCGUGAAGGGCAGCUGCUUCUGCAACGGCCACGCGGACCACUGCGUGCCCGUCGCCGGCUUCAGACCCGUCAAGGCCGCCGGCGUCUUCCACGUGGUCCAUGGGAAAUGCAUGUGCAAGCACAACACAGCAGGAGCCCAUUGCCAGCAGUGUGCUCCGCUCUACAAUGACCAGCCUUGGCAGGCUGCAGACGGCAAAACCGGAGCCCCCAGAGAGUGUCAGUCGUGCAAGUGUAAUGGGCAUGCAGACACUUGUCAUUUUGACAUGGAUGCGUGGCUGGCGUCGGGCAACCGCAGCGGUGGCGUCUGCGACAACUGUCAGCACAACACGGAGGGGCAGCACUGCCAGCGCUGCAAGCCGGGCUUCUACCGGGACCUCAGAAGGCCUUUCUCUGCCCCAGACGCCUGCAAACAUGCGGAGAGAAAGUUCUGGCUGGAAAACGUAUUUAGUGGUAGACGGUGGAGGACUCUGCUCACCUCAGGAGGAAGGCUUAUCGCAUCCUUCCCUUCCCACAGCGCCGACGUAGACUGGCAUCACGAAGUGCCUCCUUUCCAGCCGGUGCUCAACGACAGCGAGCCAGCCUGGGGCUGGGAGGACGAGCAAGGGUUUUCAGCACUGCGACACUCUGGUAAAUGCGAAUGUAAAGAACAAGUUUUAGGGAAUCCCAAGGCUUUCUGUGGAAUGAAGUACACCUAUGUGAUAAAGACAAAAAUCUUAUCAGCUCAUGAUAAAGGCUCCCAUGCAGAAGUCAACGUGAAGAUCAAGAAGGUCUUGAAAUCUACAAAGCUAAAGAUUCUCCGGGGCAAGAGGACUCUCUAUCCUGAAUCCUGGACUAACAGAGGCUGCACUUGUCCAAUCCUUAAUCCCGGCUUGGAGUACCUGGUAGCCGGACACGAGGAUGUGCGGACCGGCAGGCUCGUGGUCAACAUGAAGAGCUUUGUCCAGCAGUGGAAGUCAGCCCUGGGAAGAAAGGUCCUGGAGAUUUUGAAACGAGACUGCAACUAGGAGUGCACAACCACCUAAGGCCUUUCUUUAUGCACAGAAUGCAACCUUCGCGGAGAGGAGACCUCUAGGAUGAAAACUGGAAUGUAAGAAAAUAGUGUCCAAAUGUGUAGCGAGGUGUUCUGCUUUGUAGGCACUGUCUGAAUUAACCCUUCCCAGCCAAUGUUCAUUUACUCUCCUUAGCUUCUUUGCAA